AAGUGUAAUUUAAUUGAAACAUCCGUACUCUCGUGUCGUUCGGUUUCGGUUUUAUUUCUUCGCAUUUUCCCUUGCUUUCUCGCCGUUUCUCUUUGUGUUGGACCGAUCUGCGUACAGUCUUCAACGGCACUGCCUUGGAUCUCUCUGAAAUUACCGAAGAGAAAUGGAGUCAUGCCCAAAAGUGAGAAACAUUCUUCUUCUGGAUUCAGAAGGAAAACGCAUAGCCGUCAAGUAUUAUUCAGAUGACUGGCCAACAAAUGGUGCAAAGGAAACUUUUGAGAAAACCGUCUUUACAAAGACACAGAAGACAAAUGCUCGAACAGAAGCGGAGAUAGCAAUGUUUGAGAAUAAUAUUGUUGUUUAUAAGUUCGCUCAAGACCUUCACUUCUUUGUAACCGGGGGUGAAGAAGAAAAUGAGCUUAUCUUGGCCACUGUUCUUCAGGGUUUUUUUGAUGCAGUUGGUCUUCUCUUGAGGGGCAAUGUGGACAAGAAGGAGGCUCUUGAUAACUUAGAUCUUAUUCUUCUGUGUCUUGACGAAAUUAUUGAUGGAGGAAUUAUUCUUGAAACUGAUGCAAAUGUAAUUGCGGGGAAGGUUGCAAGCAAUAGCAUUGAUUCUGGUGCACCCCUAUCUGAGCAGACUAUAAGUCAAGCACUGGCCACGGCGCGGGAACAUCUUACAAGAUCCUUGCUCAAAUGAUACGCCUCAGAAUUCUCUUACUCUUAUUGUCCCCGUUGCACUAGUUAUAAGGCAUUGAUUUUGCUUCAGUGGGCUUCCUUACGUGGGGGUGCCAUAUGCAUUUCCAGAAGCUUCAUUUUUUGUUCUAAACUUUUGUUACAGCUUAAGCUUACUUGGAGUUGGAAUGAGAAAUAGUGGUAAUUAAUGGAGAAAAUGAAUGGCAGGGUUUCACAUAA